GAAGGAUUUAUAUUUUUAAUGGAAGGCAAAUUGAAGCAUGCACAAACACGCAUCUUUACUGAGGAGCAAUGAGGCAGUCCAGGGUCUCACCAUCAUUAACUCCACGUUUGAGACCUUUGUAAUGAUCAACCUGACGAUGUGGUUGAUCAUGCUUCUGUUCUGCCCCAGUCAGCUGAGAGCACAUCUUGGGACAACCCCCAACAUUAAACACAUCGUGGUUGGAAGGUGUUAUAAUUACAUCUCUCUUGUCAACCCCAGUUCAAGGUAUGACUGUGAGGAGAUCUGGAGACUGUUCGAGGAGGCGGUGGUCCAUCAAGCCUCUUGUAAUGUGAAGGUGGAGGAUUACCAUCAGAUGUUUAUUGCAAUGCCACAUACUUGGCCAUGCGAUAGGGUGGGUCUUGAUUUUAGCUCUGAAAUUAGACAUAGAGCAUGUUCAUCCUUUUUAAUUCAUACCUCGUUAAAUGGAACAUUUUGGACUCACAUUUUCACUCCUGCUCAGUUUCUCUUCUGGAGUAAAACCAGGGCUCUGAUGCACAGCUAUGCAGCUACUGAUCGUCACAUCUGGACGCUGGAGGACACACUAGUUGGCUUCAUGUUCAAUGACCUCAUCUGGUGCAGACACAAGGAGCGUCCUGGUUUUGAUUUCAGCUCUUGUCCAGAGUGGUCAUCAUGUCAGAAUCACCCGGUGUAUUCGCUGUGGCGGCAGGCCUCUCAGACUUUUGCAGAACUGGCAUGUGGCAACAUCACAGUAUUACUCAAUGGCUCUAUUGCCAACGCCUUCGACAAGAAAAGCAUGUUUGGAAGUGUUGAACUGGACAGCCUGAAUCCACAAAGCGUGGAUUAUGUCAAUAUUAAGGUGGUGGCUAAUCUAGAGGGACCAUAUAUAGAAUCAUGUAGUCAAGGAUCUGUUUUAGACUUGAUCCAAAUCCUCCGGUCCAGAGGUUUCAGCUGGACUUGCACUGACAACGACCAGACCCUGAUGAUCCUUCAGUGUAUCCAGGACCCCAAAGAGUCCGCCUGCCAGACAUGUGCCAACAGCCUGUCACACAGACAGUGCCUCACAUCCAACUGAACCACCCACAAAUUUUACACAUAUUUUUUUUGCUGUCAUAUUUUCCUUUGCAAAUUGCAAACUUAUUUUACAAGGUUGGAAAUCCGAGGCUAGUCCUUUCAGCCAUGGCCCAGAGACCUGGGAAAUAUACUACAUAUGAAGAGAUUGGAAUACAAGAUGGCUAACAAAUAUAAUACUUUUUGAAAAUUUGGCAACCCCUCCUCGAUAAAUGGUUGACUACCUCAGAUAGAUCCCCCACUCCAUGCGCUUGAAAAUAGUAGAUAACCUCAAGUUGUUUAUUGGUUCUUUUAACCUUAUUGUAUGCAAAUAGAACUGUUGAUGUCCUUGCUGGUGUAUACAUAAGUUUCAUAUAAUUUAAAUUUUUAAUGUUUUUUAUUUAGUUUUUAUUAUUUCUUUAACUUUAACUCUGUUGCCUAGCUUGGAGGUAUCUGUGCCUUUGUUCUGAUAAUAAUAUAAAAAUUUGUAUCACGCUCAAUGCAGUUGGAAGUUAAUAAACAUCUGUCCUACUAUUAAAA